CUUUCAUUUACCAAGUCCUCCUUCUUCCUGGCCGCGCCAAAGCAAAACCAGCAGCAACCAUGCAGAUCUUCGUGAAAACCCUAACAGGGAAGACCAUAACAUUGGAGGUUGAGUCGUCCGACACCAUCGAUAAUGUCAAGGCCAAGAUCCAAGACAAGGAAGGCAUCCCACCGGACCAGCAACGCCUAAUCUUCGCCGGGAAGCAGCUCGAAGACGGUCGAACACUAGCGGACUACAACAUCCAGAAGGAGUCCACCCUCCACUUGGUCCUCCGCCUCCGAGGUGGUGCCAAGAAAAGAAAGAAGAAGACUUACACGAAGCCCAAGAAGAUCAAGCACAAGAAGAAGAAGGUGAAGCUCGCUGUGCUCCAGUUUUAUAAGGUGGAUGAUUCUGGAAAAGUCCAGAGGUUGAGGAAAGAGUGCCCUAAUGCAGAGUGUGGAGCUGGCACUUUUAUGGCUAAUCAUUUCGAUAGGCAUUAUUGUGGGAAGUGUGGCUUGACUUAUGUCUACCAGAAGGCUGGUGGUGAUUAGCUUGGUUUUUUCCUUGGAUUUUUAUGGUAUUGUUAUGAGUUUUUAAAUUGGCUGUUUUGGUUUUAAUUUUAAUCCUACUUUUUAUUUAAUUUAGCACUUUUGAAGUGGAUGGUAAUUUUUGGAAUUUUAACUAAUGUGGUUCCUUCAUUCCUUUUCUUUGAUUGUUGUUCUAAUUCGUUGUAUUUGGUAUGGUGAUUGUAAUGAUUCUUUGGUUAGUACGUAUAAGU